CUCGCAGCAUGCACUGUGGAACAGGAAAGGAUGCAGACAGGAGCCUGAGAGUAGGUACGGUAAGCCAAGGCGGCCAGCUUCUGGCAACUGCGUUAGAGCUACAGCAAGUUGUAAGAUCUGGUUGAGCAAGGCGAGCAGCUGAGAUCAUGGCCGCACCAACUUGCGGCCUGAGGGCAGCGCUCUGUUUAGCGGUGGCAUUGCUUCUUUCCUCCAAUGCUGUGGCGACCAACAUUUUGUUGUUUACAAGGCAGGCAGGGGAAAAGCACGAGGCAGUGGUUGAGGCCAUUACAGCUUUGACUGUUGAGGGUCUCAAGAGGGGGUGGACAGUGGUGGAUUCAAACGAUAGCUCGAUAUUCACGCCAGACAAACUGCGAGGAUAUGAUAGUGUUGUCUUCCUGCUCACAAGUGGGAAUGUCCUUGAGCAAGCCGAACAGCGAGAGGCGCUGAAGGCGUACGUCAAUGAGGGGGGUAGUUUCGUUGGUGUUCACUCCGCAGCGGACACUCUCGCAGACUGGGACUGGUUUGGGGAAUUGCUGGGGGCACGGUAUCUCAAUAGCCCCUCUGACAAGGAUCAGCAGGCCACAGUCAUCGUCAGUGACAGAUUUCACCCUGCGUCCGCAAUUCUCCCGGAGCGGUGGUCUGUAGCAGAUGAGUGGCUUACAUUCGACCACAACCCGGUGGGGAAGGUCCACGUGCUCGCACAUGUUGAUGAGAAGACGUACUUCCGGGAUCAGCCGGACGGCAGCAUGCACUUUGAUCACCCCAUCGCCUGGACGCACCGGCCGCUCGCCUCUCGCGCUUUCUACACCGCCCUUGGCCAUAGCUCGGUGGCCUGGGCAGACCCCUUGCUGGUGGAUCAUGUCAUUGGGGGGAUUGCCUGGGCUGCUCAAGCAGAGAUGGCCCACCCCCCCAGUGCUGUGCGCGACACCCGUGCGCGCAUAUUGUGCGAGAAGCAUGAGCAGGAAAUGCAAGCGCAGAAAAAGCAGAGGGAGAGCCGGUUCCUUGCCGAGGACGACGGCGCUGCGGGGCUUGACACCAGUUUCCAGAAGGACGCGCUCUACAGCUUCAAUCAGGGCGAGCAGCCCAUGAAUCUGGCUGUCCUCCCUGAUGGACGCGUCCUCUUGGUUGUCCGCAACGGGGCCCUCCUGCUCUACAAACCGGAUGUGAACACGGUCGUGCUGUGUGGUCGCUGGAACGUGACCAACAGCAACGAGGAUGGGCUGCUGGGCGUGGCGGUGGACCCCAACUUCGCCAGCAACGGCUUCCUGUACGUCUAUUACUCACCGAUUGCGCUCGUCAAUCCGACGCAAAACGUGCUCUCGCGGUACACGAUGCGUGGGGACGAGGUGGACCUUACGACUGAAGUACGCAUGAUCUCAAUCAGGACCCAGCGCCUGGCCUGCUGCCACAGCGGAGGCAAUGUCAAGUUUGAUACGGCCGGAAACCUCAUCCUCAGCGUGGGGGACAAUACCUACCAAAUAGGUUGGGCGCCCACGGAUGUCCGCCCCGGCUUCUCAGUGAUGGACUCCCAGAAGAGUGCGGCCAAUACGAACGACCUGCGGGGGAAGCUGCUGCGCAUCACGCCGAACGGCACCAACUAUACCAUCCCAGCAAACAACUUGUUCCAGGCAGAUGCAACCCACAAGGGCGAGAUCUACGCAAUGGGCCUGCGCAAUCCGUUCCGCUUUGCGGUGGACCCGCUAACCAACGACGUUUGGUGGGGGGAGAUCGGGCCCGACGAGCUUGCCACCGACCCAACGAGGGGACCCAUUGGCAUGGACGAGAUCAACAAGGUCAAGUACAACGACCCCGGGAAUUACGGCUGGCCCUACUGCCUAGGGCCCAACAUGCCGUACGUAAAGUUCGACUACGUCAAGCAAGCCACUCUGAAUGUUCCGUACGAUUGCGCAAACCCGGAGAACGACUCGCCCAAUAACACGGGGCAGAAGACAGGGCUGCCCCCCUCGCGCGCGGCCAUUGCGUACUACACCUACAACAACAGCACGGACUUCCCCCAGUUCAACCCGGACGACACGUCUAAAGUGCUGGGCCGCGCCGCCAUCGCGCCCUUCUUCUACCGCUACGGCGUGAGCGUCAACGCGAGCGCGCCCUACGCCCUGCCGCAAUACUAUGACAACUCGCUCUUCUUCUUUGACUGGUUCCGGGACUAUGCGCGGCUGCUCAAGAUGGACAGCAACGGCACGCUGCUGAGCAUCACCAAGCUGUGGCCGACCUUCUCCUGGAAGUCCGUCAUGGACAUGGCGAUCGCACCCGACGGCUCACUCUACAUCAUUGAGUUCGGGGACGGCUUCAACCUGAUCGGCGCGCAGCUAAGCCGCAUGCGCUACCUGGGCGCGCCAAACCCCAUCAGUUGCCAGGUGGCAGCGACAUCUACCUCGGGGCAGGCGCCGCUCACGGUCAAGUUCUCCACAGACGGCACCACGUCCAGCGACGGGCUUCCGCUGACGUACUUCUGGGACUUCACCUCCAACGGGACCGUCGGCGCCACCAGCGCGAACCCGACGCACACGUACAUGCGAGAGGGCGUCGCGGUCGCGACGCUAACGCUCAAGUCGUCGAAAGCGACAAAGUCGUGCACGGUGCCCAUCGACGUGGCGUCCAGCCUCAACAGCCCGCCGCAGGUCACAGUGGAUUAUCCGUUCGAGGGGGGCAUCUACACCUGGGGCGACGUGAUCGACUUCUCGGUGUCGGUGAUUGACAAGGAGGACGGCAGCACAGCGGACGGCGGCAUCCCGUGCUCCAAUCUGCAGGUGACACCUGGCCUGGGCCACUGCCCCGGCCGUCUGGCGCCCUGCCACGUGCACAACAGCAUUGCCAACUACGCGUGCAACGGCACCUUCGGGCCAGUCGAGGACGAGCACUCGUGGGAGAAGUUCUACUACUUCGUGCAGGCGCUCUACCCCGACCGCGGUGGUGCCAACGGCUCCGCCCCCAUGAUCGGGCUUACGUUUGCCCAGCUGAAGCCGUCCGUCUGGCAGUUGGAGUUCUUCGAUGGCUCGAGUUCCAACGCCACGGGGGCUACCCAGACGACCAAGGACACGAUCGGGGGUGGCCUGGACGUGUACGGGUUGAACGACGGCGACUGGCUGCGGUACGACAACUUCAACAUGCUCAACAUCGACAGCAUCACCUUCCGGGGUUACAGCGCCUCUGGCGGUGCGUUCAUCGACGUGCGGAUUGGGUCGCCAACCGGGCGCAUCAUCGCCACUGUGCCCAUUGCUGCAACCGGGGCGGGAACAUACACUGACUUCCAAGUGCCUAUCCAGGACACCAACCAGUGGUUCAUGGUGGACAUGCAGUCCGCGUGGACCAUCUCCUGGUUGCAGCUAGACCCCGGGCAGUGGGCGACCGACUACCUGCGGGGCUACGCCGUCUUUGCGUCGCUCGACAACUCCACCUGGGGCACACCCAUCAUGCCUCUGGCCACGGGUAACCCUCCGCCAUACACUCUCACCAACGGGACUGUGGCGAAAAAUUUCACGGGUGUCAUCAACAUCACGCUCAAUCCCCCCGUCAGCGCCCGGUUCAUCAAAAUCAUCAACAUCGGGCCCGCAGCCAAUACGUCGUGGUGGUCAGUCGCCGAGUUGCGCGCAUUUGAUGACAAGAAUGUGAGCCUAGGAACCGCAAAGUGGGUCGCAACAGCGUCGUCGCAAGCGUCGGACACGCCACCUCAGCAGGCUUUGGAUGGCAACAUAACGAGCCGGUGGGCCACCGGGGAGUCCCAACGGCCGGGGAAUGUGACCUUGUAUACCACAUUUAGAUCGGCGGUUGCGGGCGCCAAGAAUCUGUUCGUCCUAAAUUAUAUGACCUUCAACGGUCAAGGAAUAAGCACGACGCCCCAUGAGAAGGGAGUUCCGCCACCAGUCAGCACACAGUAUUAGAGUUCAAGACGUUGUAUGAGGUCGUAAUCUAGUCGUCGGUAUAUUCAUUCAAUUGACUUUGAAGUCCAGUGUUACCUUUGUUAGUACCUUUUGCCCCUGUAAAAGUAGGAGAUAGAAACAGUUCGGAGUAGGUUUUGUAGGAUUGUGAACUGAAAGAGUGUUGAUCUUGUCAAAUCUGAUGGAUUUUGCCCGACGCCAGCGCAUUGCUUGGGAUUUGCAAAAGGUCUGGUGGAGCUUGCAGGAAAAGCAUAAUACAGUCCGAGUCAGAUCGAAGUACCCAUUGUAUCGCAUGUUGCAAAGCCCUUCCGAACACUGAGGCUUCACAAUCAAUGCAGUGAAGAUCAGGAUUAGAAAGUAAAGUUUUGGCA